AUGGCCCCAUACAGCAGUCUCUCUGAUCCCCCUGCCAGGAUAUCAUCUCAGGGUGCCACGCUUCUCUUGGAGGCGUUCAGAGACCUCCAGCUGCCCGUACGCAUCCUGAAGCUGCACCAUAACAGGAUCGCCUCAGGUGCCUGUGUCGCCGAGUUCCUGAGCAGAGGUGUGGUUCAUGAGCUCCACAUCUCGCACAACGAACUCGAUGCAGAGGCAGCUGCCAGCAUCAUCUCGGCCGCGGUGCAAGCCAAGGAUGCCACGGGAGCGGUGUCCUACCCACGCCGCGCGGGCCCGCGAAACUGUGCCCCUCUCUGGGUCCGGAUGGAGCAGAACUACAUCGACCCGCCGACGCUUCUGCGGCUUCUGGACGCUGAAGUGGACCCCAAGCGCAAGACUGCAGGGGUUUUCUGCGAUGCCCGCAGCAAAUGGUGCACGCCUCACAGCUGUGCCGCCAAGCAGGCCGGCUUGCCAGUUCAUUUAAAGAAUCUGCCUCAGCAGCGCCGGCGACCCCCAAAUAGCACCUCAGCAGCUCCUGCUCUUGGAAGCAUCCGGCAGCUGUCGGACGGGACGGAGCAAGCCUGCGUUCUGCAAUUUGACUGGGACACCGGCCGGUGGCUACCGCAAGUCAUCGACAUUCCGCCCAAGGAGCUGGAGGCUUCCGCGGCUUCUUGGGAAGAAGGUGAGGAAGCCGAGUCGGCAGCCCACGGACAGCAGAUUCAACCUUUGAGCUUGGAGGUCGGCCAGUCCCUGGGCGCGGACAUCCUACGCUCCCUGUGGGAGUUCGAGACGGAGCCUGCGGAGCCCCCAGUGGCCACCCCGUCAAGGUCCAUCUUCAACCCUUCGGCGCCGGAGUUCGAGCCGGGCAAAAGGUGCUUCGUGUCCAGCUUCAGCGAGGAGCCCCCUGAACAGGUCGUCAGCACAGACACCUCAGCUGGGGCUGCUUCCGAAGCUACAGAGGGCUCCGAUGCCGCUGCGGGCGCCGAGCUCGGCGAGUCCUCGAAUCCCACCGAGCUGGGCAGCCACUCGUCCGACGCCGUUCCGGAUCGAGAGCCGAGGGCCAGGGCCGGACAGGAGCUGCCGGACGACUGCCAGAGCCAAGCCUCCGAUCUGGGUUCCGGGACGGAAGCAGAGGCGACUGGCGAGGACCUGCCGGGAAAGCCGCCACAGGCCCAGGGCUCCACUCCGCACUGGCCCUGCAGACUGAUGUGA